GGGAAAUUGCCUCUCAGUCGACUUCGAUCAUCACGCCUGUGACCAAAAUCGUAUCUAUCAAAGCUCAAAGUCCUCGAUACUCUUCUUCAGUCUCAAUCUUGUGAAGAACCCAUAUCCACAGUAUGGCUCAAGCGAAUACCGCAGUCGCAAACACGAACACCCCGCUCAUCUCUAGACAGAGAAACUGGCCUGCAAUAGUCUGUUCUUCCCUUGUAGGGGGAGUAAUUGUUUUUGUUGCAGCCCCAGCAAUUGCCGCCCUGAUGCCCAUAGGGGCAAUAGGAUUUGCUGCCGGCACGACCACAACAGGUGUUCUCGGCUCCGUCAUGACGAGACUUGUCAGCAACCAGACAAAUGGCGACUGCCAGAUCUUUUCGAUCAAUCGAUACCUAAUUCAGCAACAUUAUCGGAAGACCUUUAUGACAUACGUCGAAACUGUUAUGCAACCAAUAUUCAAGGCUAUACAAACAAACACUGCAAGUGGAGGUACCGACGUACAGACUUGCAGACUCGAAGAUAUUUUCCUAAUCCAAGGCCUCGAUGCAAAAGAACGAAAUCACACCAUGUUUAGACUCCGCCAUCAUGUCAUUCCGAAGAAAGGGCCGAGACGAAACAUAGCUAAGAGCAUUCCACCCGCUGCUCUUCCAACCUAUGCUCGCAAUGCAACGAGGCAGGUGAAAAUAGGUAGCAGCCAAAGCAGCUUGGAAGGGGUCGACCAAAUUGUUGUCGAAGGCGCUCUAUUUGGUGCCCUUGGAGGCGCUCUGCUAAAAGAAAUUCCCGUCCUCGGAGGGUCGAUCAUCAUACCGACUGUUCCUGGCAAAAUCGGCGUCAUCGUCGGCAUGUCAAGUGCAACUGGGACUGCCGGUUCACUGGAUAACAUCACCUUCCCGUCGACGGGCGUCGAUAAGAUGACGUUCUGGAUAGAAUUCGCGACCGAGCUCCAAUGUCACUUCCAUCGUCUGGUCGAAUGCGCCAUCAAUAACGGCGUCGUCCUCGAGGUAACCAUGGAAAUGGGGUGCGCCUUGGGUUUUAAUGCUGCAGUGCCUCAUGCGGGCACCGUUGGCGGGUACACGCAGCUGUUUUACUGGGGUGAUAAGCGGUAAAUUGCCCCGGAUUCUUGUUAACCUCGUAGCACUUGGUCAGAAAGUAACGCAGAGUGUUACGAAUCAUUUCUGUUUCAGUGGGGCAGUGUAGUCA